GUUUCAAAGUUCGUCUCUCCACCGCGCCGAGUUGAGCUUAUCGGGCGAUGUUUUUUAUUUGUUAUCACAAAAGUAACUCGUUGCUAAAAGCUGCGUUAUAAAUACGCGCAAACGUAUUAUUAAACAUGCAAUAAAACGUUUUUAAUUUAAUUUGGUGCUGUUAUAAAUAAUUUGCGACAUAAUUAUGGCUACUGAAAAUCCAAUAGUAAGCGUAUCAGAGGGUUACCUUAGGGGUAAAAUACGAUCUGAUUAUGAUGGAAAGCAGUUUUUUAGUUUUCAAGGGAUUCCUUAUGCGAAGCCACCAUUAGGAAACUUAAGGUUUAAGGCCCCACAACCCGCUGAAAAAUGGCAGGGAGUCAAAGAUGCUACAGAGGAAGGCUCAGAAUGCUACCACAAGAAUAUGUUAACGAAUCAGAUAGUAGGAUCCGAAGACUGUUUAUUUCUAAACGUUUAUACACCUAAGAUUAAUUCCAAAGAACGUCUUCCAGUUAUGUUCUGGAUUCAUGGCGGUGCUUAUACCAAAGGAUCUGGAGGAACUGAAUUAUACGAGCCGGAUUAUUUCGUAGAAAAGAAAGUGGUGCUGGUUACCAUUAAUUAUAGAUUAGGUCCCUUAGGUUUCUUAGCUCUUUCCGAUCCUUCUGUAGGGGUACCAGGUAACGCAGGUCUGAAAGACACAGUAAUGGCUCUAAAAUGGGUUAAAAGAAAUAUUUCACAAUUUUGCGGUAAUCCUAAUAACGUUACAAUUUUUGGUGAGAGUGCUGGAGGAGCAUCGGUGCAUUUUUUGAUACUCUCACCCAUGGCAAAAGGUUUAUUUCACAAGGCAAUAAUGCAAAGUGGUUGUGCAUUAAAUACUUUUACUAGAGGCAAGAGUUAUUUUAGUCACAAGUUGGCUCAUAGAUUGGGUAUCGAUAGUAAUAAUGAGAAGUUCAUUUUGUCAGAGUUGCAAAAAGUUCCGAUAAAGGAGCUGUUUGCUGUUAGUCAGAAAAUCUGGGAUCGUGCUACCAUUAGUAACAUUAGACCCUUUUGUCCAGUCGUUGAACCGAAAGGUAAAGAACCAGCAUUCCUUACAGAAGAGCCGUUAGAAAUCCUCAAAUCCGGCCGAUAUAACAAAGUACCAAUGAUAAUGGGUUAUAACUCUCUCGAGGGAAUUUUUGUUUAUAUUUAUUUAAUGAGAAUAAAUACUGAAAUGUUUUUGUCAGACGAGACCUUGGUUCCUAACUCCUUAAAUCUGAGGAUAGGAAGUACACAAUAUAAAAAAGUUUGCGAGGAAGUGCGACAGAUGUAUGGCCUAAAAGGUGAUGAGGAUAUGUGGAAUAGAGAUGUUUUGGAAAAAGCUAUAAAGAUUUAUACACACAACUACUUUAUGGUUGAUAUCUGCCGAUCGGCUAUGUUGCAUGCUAGCCAUAAAAUACCAGUAUGGUUUUACAGAUUUAAUUUGGAUACGGAUUUAAAUUUUUUAAAAAAAGUUAGUGGAAUUGAAAUGCAAGGUGCAGCUCAUGCGGAUGAUUUGCCAUAUUUAUUCCCAAAUGUGUUGAUCGGAGUCCCAGAUCCAGGCACAUUGGAAUACCAGUUAGCUCAAAAAAUUACCAAGUUGUGGACCAAUUUUGCAAAAUUUGGCACUCCCACUCCUAACUUGGAUAACGAAAUUGGUACCAAGUGGCAUCCUAUGAAACCUGGCAAAUACCAUUAUCUUUCAAUGGAGAAUGAAGGCUUUAAGAUGUCCGUUAAUCCAGAGAAGGAGUAUGUAGAUUUCUGGAAUGUUUUAUAUGAUAGUUAUCAAAUGCUUUGGUCAAAAUUGUGAUGAUUUAAAUACAUUUAUUUAUUUUAAAAA